AUGGCGACAACCGAAGACCCCGCGUUUGCCAAGGGCAUGUUCGUGACGCUCUGGCCCAAGGUAGAGCGCUGCCACGACUACGUGGAGCUGCUCCUGGCCGCCCAGGAGAAGCUGCAAGCGACGGUAGACAAACUAAUUGCCGGUCUGCAGGAAGCGGAGAAGGCGGAAGGCAGCUCACUAGUGAGCUACGCAGACAGACUGAGGAAUUUCCCGGCCAGGGUCGAGCGACUCCAGAAGAAGGUGGCCAGGAUCCAGGACCGCCUGCUGGCCAUGAAGGAGUCACGGAAUCGCGGCGUGCAGCCCGUGACCACGAUGUCGGCGGAGGAGUCGGCGGUGUACGCAUCCCCGCUGUUUUGA